AUGAAUAAGCAAGAAUUCAGUGGAAUAGAGAAUAAGAUACUAGCAUCAAGGGGGAGAUUAGAGAGUAUACAAAAUGAAAUGAACAUCCCAGGCCAAGAUGAUGAGAAAAUAGCCCUUGAAAAAGCUACAAAACUAGAACUGGACAAAUGGUUGAUGGUUGAGGAAAACAUCUUAAAACAAAAGUCUAGGAUACAAUGGCUUAAGCUUAGGGACUCCAAUAUAGCAUACUACCAUGCUUGCAUGAAAAAUAGGCAAGUAAGGAAUAACGUUGACAGACUAGUCAUUAGUACUGGGCAAAUUCUACAAAGUCCAGCUGAAGUGGAGGAAGAAAUUCUAAGCUUUUAUAAGGGCCUACUUGGUACUGCAGCAAAACAAUUUCCAGUUGUUAACCCUGAGAUCAUGCAGAAUGGUCAUAUACUAAGUAGGAGGCAACAAUUACAGCUAAUAAAGCCAGUUACCAGAGAAGAAGUGAAACAAACUAUAAUGGACAUUGAUGACAACAAGGCACUAGGGUGUGAUGGGUACAACUCCUACUUUUUUAAGAAGACAUGGCACAUAUUGGGGGAGGAAGUCACUGCAGCAGUUCAAGAGUUCUUUGAAAAUGCAGAUAUGUGCAAAGCUGUCAACUGCACAACAAUCACCUUGAUACCAACGAUUCAUAAUCCAAUAAAUAUAAGGGACUUCAGACCAAUUUCAUAUUAUAACAUACUUAUGAGCCAUGAACUGGUCAAAGGAUAUGGAAGGAAGAAUAUAUCUCCUAGAUGUAUGCUCAAAAUAGACAUGCAUAAGGCAUAUGACUCUGUGGAAUGGGUGUAUAUUGAACAAGAGUUGAGACUACUGAACUUUCCUGCAAUGUUUGUGAAGCGGAUAAUGGCUUGCAUCAGAACUGUGUCCUACUCAGUGCUUAUCAAUGGUAAACCUUCUGUACCAUUUGAGGCAAAAAAGGCUUAA